GAAGAAUCAGCUCAGUCACUGCAUGUCCGUAACGAUGGCGGCCGCCUUGAGAGGAAGCUUAGUAACAUUGGUCAAGGGCCUGAGUGGCCCCCGCUGGCAGCAGCUGGCUUCUCGACCACUGAGUGUGACUGCUGGUCUCUGUGGUCCCGAGGCCCCCCCUGCCCGUGCUGAUGCUACGUUUAAGGUUACGAUGGUGCCAGGAGAUGGAGUGGGACCUGAGCUGAUGACUGCUGUCAAGGAGGUGUUUAAGGCAGGAGAUGUCCCAGUUGAAUUUGAGGAGUUUCACCUGAGCGAGGUGCAGAACAUGGCCAGUGAAGAGAAGCUGGAGCAAGUGUUGACCUCUAUGAAGAACAACAAAGUAGCCAUGAAAGGGAAGAUUCACACACCCAUGGAGUUCAAAGGAGAGCUGGCUUCAUAUGAGAUGAGACUGAGACGUAAACUGGAUCUGUUUGCUAAUGUUGUUCAUGUGAACAGUCUGCCGGGCUACAGCACCCGCCACAAUAAUCUGGACCUGGUGAUCAUUCGAGAACAGACGGAGGGGGAGUACAGCUCCCUGGAGCAUGAGAGUGUUACAGGUGUGAUUGAAUGUUUGAAAAUCAUCACAAGAGAGAAAUCACGGCGUAUUGCCAAGUUUGCCUUUGACUAUGCCACCAAAAAGGGGAGAAGCAAAGUCACUGCUGUUCACAAGGCCAACAUCAUGAAGUUAGGUGAUGGCCUGUUCCUGCAGAGCUGUGCAGAGGUGGCACAACUGUACCCCAAAAUCAAAUAUGAGAACAUAAUCAUUGAUAACUGUUGCAUGCAGCUGGUUCAGAACCCAUACCAGUUCGAUGUGCUGGUGAUGCCAAAUCUGUAUGGAAACAUUAUUGAUAACCUGGCAGCAGGGCUGGUCGGAGGAGCUGGGGUUGUCCCUGGGGAAAGCUACAGCGCAGAGUAUGCUGUGUUUGAGACGGGUGCACGCCACCCCUUUGCACAAGCUGUUGGAAGGAACAUAGCAAAUCCCACAGCCAUGCUGCUCAGUGCUGCUAACAUGCUCCGGCACCUGAACCUGGAAUAUCACUCCCAGAUGGUGUCAGAUGCUGUCAAGAGGGUCAUCAAACAGGGCAAGGUGCGGACACGAGACCUUGGCGGUUAUUGUACCACUGGCGACUUUGUGCAGGCUGUUGUGGAAAACCUGCGCCACCGACCUGUUUACUAAGAUGUUCUCGUCUCACUCCUCACUGACAUUUCCUUCCAUCUGGAUGUUGUUCUUAACAUGGAAUGGACGCAUGUUAAGACUGACCUCCCAUCUCUCUCCCAAAUCAAAGUUGUCUUACAGUUUUGACAAACCCCAUGUGCUGAAUCCUAAUCUAUGAGGUCAAUUCUGGAUUUGAUGAUCCUUCCACAGGAAUUAGCAGAACCUUGUGUUGAAGGGAACUACAUGUGCAGCUCUUGAGGUUUUCACUUAAUGAUAUUUCACAUCAUCUUUUCCUCCAUCUCUCACCAUCAUUUUCCUUUGUUUUUUUUUUCUUAAGGCAUUCUGCAUGAUCCAACAAAUUCAGGAUAGUGGAUAAAUAUUUGUAUCUCUUCUAUGUAUAUUGAACAAAGAAACUCACUAGAAAUCUGCAUUUUGAGAAAGUUUAACAUAUAAAUUUAAAUUAACUCACCAGGACGCCGCCAUGUUUUAGUCCACUGGGUAGUGUGAUGUAAUGGGCGUCAGCAGUCUUCUGCCGUACUAUGUCUGUGAAUUAGUUGCCCAUCAAAUCUUUAUUUGUAAUCUCCUGAUUGAAUGCAAUACUUGGGCAGGCGGGCCUCAGUGGAAAUUUUCAGUAGAGUGCACAUUUGAGCCAAUAUUGUUUCUUGGCCCAUUUAUACUUGAAACUCUCUAAAUACCUCAGAGAAACUGUACCAAUAUGCUGUAGACUAGCUCGUCUGUCCGUAUGACUAGCUAGUCUUUAAGGGGCCGACACUCACUGAAAUCACUCAGGGGAAUUGCCACUACUUUUGAGAGGUAUCUCAUAUGACCCAUCUUCAAAAGUGCCUAAAUAUCCCUUUAAGCAUGUAGAAAAAGAGCAUUUAAAAGGAUGGACCAAGCGAUUUAGGCUAAACUCUAAUAUUGUAGACAUGAGCCAGGUUACACAGAGCCUAAACGGAACCAAUAUGUCUGAAUUUUGUAAAUCACGUCAUCCAGAUUUAUAACAGCAAGGAUUUUUUAGCGUGAGUUUUCUUUAUAUACGCAGAGACUCACGAGAUAAAUGCUUGCUGUUAGUAUUUCUGGAUGCUGUGACCCACACCAGUCUCUUUUAUAAUACUGUUUCUCCAUGCUUAACACUGUGUUUUAUAAGUAGAGUCUCUGUAUGCAUAGAAGGAAAAAAAAGAGAAAAAUGUAGUUAAUUAAUUUACCAAUUUUCUGGUGGUAUGUCACCAUUAUUUCCUGAAUGUAAAGGCUACUGAAGGUAAUUUGCGCUCUUUGUUCAUUUGCAUAAGAAGAGGGAUAGAGUUCAGAUGAUCACUGAGGCAUUGGGACAUGAUGAGUAUUUUUUCUGUCUCUCUCUGCAGGCACUUACACAGGCACUGUAAUAUCAGCUCCACAUGCCGUCUUCUUGCCUCUAUGACUACAUUCACUUUGAUUAACACAGUAACGUCUUCAUGAUUUUCUCUUCACUAACAGUACAAUCAUGUUCAUAAUAUAAAGAUUUUAUAGGUGACUAUCGCAUAGAAGUAGUAUGGGCAGAAGACCGCUGACGUCCUGUGAUGUCACAAUACCCAGCUGACUUUAAAAAUGGUGGAAAAUAUCCAUCCAUUAAGGUGAACUUGUCUGAUCAUGUAGGGCUCCUUUUAACAAGACUUGGGGAACACUUCAGUCAUCACACUCCUUUCAUAGCCAUUCCCCUGUGCUUGAUGUGUAAAUCUCUCAGUGUUACAGCCACAUUGGCCACAGAGGUCACCUCUUUGCUAUCACACAGUCUCAGAAACUAACCAGAACGCCUUUAUCAACAGUUUAUACCAGCUUAACUGCCUCAAGACUGGACCACCUCUUUGCCCACUUUUUUCCAUUUUCUUAGCCCCAUCUUUCUCAUUUUAAAGAUCUGAACACCUCAAAGGUACAAGAGACUCAGACUGAUAAUGCUGCAACAUCAUGACAGUGUGUCUUACCUGCACUGUCUGAAAUAAAACUCAGCUCUGCCACUGAAAGGGCUUUAAACUCAACCAAAGCCUGAAAGUGCUGCUGUGAGUUACAGAACGGCAAAUACAGUCCAGACUAAUGCAAAAUCCAUGUUCUCCUCUGAUAUUAAGAACACAGUUAAUAUUUUAACAUUAACAUCUCUGUUGAACCUACCAAAGAGGACUUUUUAGCAAAACCAAAAAUAAUGACUUUCAGAUUAAGUUACAGAGGAAAAUAACGUUCAGGUUUUUCUACUAGAAUAAAAGACAUUAGCAGUUGGGGUGAUGGCCACAUGCUCAUAACCCUCUUUUUAUGGUAAAUAAACCCUUUGCUUCCUCUACCCUAGGUCAUUUUAUUGUUACACUUUACAUUAUCUGCUUGUUUGUCAUCUGAUUACAAGUAACAACGAACUGUGCGAAAUCAACAUUUUUAUGUCCAAAAUGGCGCUGUUUGUGCCUCGGAUGCUGCAAGAUGUCAAAACACUUUCUCAUUGCUUCAUUUUACAUUCUUUUUGUAUCUCACUGCCCCAGUUUGAGAGACUUCACAAGUCAGUUGUUAAUCAUAAAUAAAAGAUAAAGUAAUGUAUCAGUAGCUACAUUCAUGUUUUAACAUUUGAUGCAUUGAUGGAGAACACUAGAGCCUGUCCUGCAGUUCAUCUUAUGUGAACUUAUUGGGAUUCUUUGUAUGAUGUAGCUCUAUUUGUAAACUAAUUAAUGCAUGUUGCACAGUUGGUACAUGCUCAGUAAUAAAGUCUAAACAGUUUAUUAAUAUUUAAUCAGUGUCAGGUUUGUAGACUCAUAUCCAUAUCAUACUCUCUAGUUAUGGUUUAAAUAAAUAAUUAUAAAAUAAAUAAGUGAUCAUAGUUGAUGAAACAAAGUGACUGAUCUGUUAAACUGUCUGGUAGGACUGUGUGCAGGUUUUAAAGGCUCUCUAACAUGCAGGCUAUGAUGCUGUAUGUGAACAUGUGUUGCUGCAGCUGUGAAUACAGUGACAAACUGUCUUUAUGUUUGCGACAGGUGCGCACUGCAGACCUGGGGGGCUAUGCCACAAGCGACGAGUUCACCCGGGCCGUCAUUGCUAACCUGGCAGCAUGAGCGCUGUAUGUGCAUAUCUGCCAGCUGCUGAGACGCACACAUGCCGCUUUAUUUACCUCCUGUUAACUGACUGAUUGUACUCACUCAGAAUAUUCCAGCCACAGUGUUUUCAAACGUUACUUCAGUAAGGGUAGACAUAUGCACAGCCAGGAUCUCCAUAUACUCUGGUUUACACUUCAAUCAGCUCACACAUCCAAGACCAAAAACACAUUUUUGGUCUUAGAUGUAAAGUCUUAAAUUUGGUACUAAACAUCUUUUCAUGCUGUUCUUUCUCCUGUGGCAAGACUCUGGUUUCUAUUUAAUUGCUUUAUUCUGAACAUUAACCAGCAGUCAAAACUUGAUGUAUACUUUCAAAUUAUUUAUUUACUUGUCGCUUCUUCAUUUAUGAUGAGAAUAAAAAAAUGAUAUGA